CUUUGCAUGGUUAUUCUAAGUUUCUUUUCCAUUUCAGGAUCCUCCACUUUCAGUUCAGUUAGGAUUGAGAAUGGAAGAAAAGAUAUUUAAUCUCGCUGACACACAUUUUUUCUUUAAUGACCUUGAGGAAUGCGAUCAAGUUCACAUCGACGAUGUUUCAUCUGAUGACAACGGACAAGAUCUAACAAACUAUAACUUUCAAGCCGAUGGUUUCCAUGCCGCUGCCACCAAUGCGAGUCUAUGCCUUGCUACUGGUGUACGGGGAGGUGUUGACUGGAUGAGAAAACUAGCCUUUCGGUACAGAAGGAUCAAGGAAGUGUAUAACCAAUACAGGAACAAUGUCGGAGGACUGCUGGGUCCAGUCAAAAGAGAAGAAUGGUUACAACUUCGUGCUGACAUCGAGAACUUAACAGACAACUGGGUGACCCUGGCCCUAAAAUGCCUCUCAAUUAUUCAUUCCAGGUCAAGUUGUGUCAACGUAUUGGUGACAACAACACAACUUGUUCCAGCCUUAGCCAAAGUUCUGCUGUAUAAUCUUGGUGGGGUUUUCUCUAUAGAAAAUAUAUACAGUGCCACCAAAACAGGCAAAGACACAUGCUUUGAGCGCAUUGUGUCCAGGUUCAGCAGGAAAUGUACCUAUGUUGUCAUUGGUGACGGAAGAGACGAAGAGCAUGCCGCUAAACAGAUGAAUUUCCCGUUUUGGCGUGUUAGCAGUCAUUCCGAUUUGGCAGCUUUGCACCACGCUCUGGAUUUGGGACAUUUGUGAAAACUGCUACGCUGAAAACUGAAAAAAAAAAAAUUCCCCCCUAACGGAUUCUAUCAGUUACUGGGACAAAAGACUAAUUUUGAUUGUGUGUGGGUGUGCACGUGAACUACCUGUGUGGAAAGAACGCUGUCUUAACUACCGUGGGUGCAAUAUUAAUUCUAAAAAUACCACUGUGUAGGUCUUUUCCUUUGCGGCAUAACAUGUAAUCAUUCCAAGGUCGAACCAAAAUUGUAAAAGAAGCGGACUUGCACGAUUUGGACGUCGUAGGACUAAGCGCUGUAAUUAGUUCUGUAUGCCAAUGUCGCCAAGAUUUUAGAAACUUUGUCGCCAAGAGCGAGGAUUUUUGUUAUUAAAAAAUUCACAUGAUCUAUUUAAUAAUCAGUUGGAGCACUGAUUUGAGUUCCUGCAGUGGACUUGCUGAACUGCCCCUACCAUACUUCGGGGAGGUUUAAAAAUAUUUUUUACUUCUUGUCGAUAUCUACACAAGUCGGACGACUAUUAUCCAAAUAUCCAAGAUUCCUUACUUGGGAAUUAUAUUGUUUAUAUUACGUAUACAUGUAUAAAGAGGAUAUUAAAAUGUCCUAUAUUCUUUUCAUUUUUAAAUAUAACAGCAAGACGUCAUAUCGUACGUUAAACUGAUCGAAGUUUUGCGUUGUUGUAUUCCCUCAGUCCUAUAGAUGAAUAAGUACGUUUUAUCGUUUUCUUCAUAGAAUACGGAAGACAAUUUAUGAAAAUGUGUGAAUUAUAGCAGAGAGAAUUAUUUCAUCACUUGCCUGAGCUAAAAAUAACGCUUCAUAAUGCUGCAAACUUUUUCAGGAGAGAAAGAAGCAUUUGCUAACUCACCAUCAGUUCUGAUUCUUGAAUUUUACGCUUUGAUUGGAAAUUAAAUAUUCAGAAGGAUCAGCAGACUUUAGAUAAUUAGAAAUUUUGUGCAUUUUCCUUCUUUUCAUGAAUUUUCAAAAACUGUCAACUUACAGUUUCAUUGAGAAUGUUCUUUUCUCCUAAUGUUUUUUUAAAGCGUAUAUAAUGUUAUUUACAUUUACAACAUAACAAAGUAAAAAUAAAUUAAAACGUAUAAUUAUAAUUUAUGUUAAGAAUUUCAGCAUUUUUUUCCCAAAGCACUAUGAUUAAACAUGGCUAUGUUUUUAAAGUCUUGUCUUAAAUUGUUAUGCGCCAUAAAGAUUUUGUGAAUUUCGACAUCCUUUGCGUUAGAAAAAUGUUCUCUUUAAAUCGUCUGUAUUGUUUCUUUGUAUUAUCACAGUAAUAUCAAUAGUGUAAUUGUUAUUUUAUUUAAAAUCUAGCAGAAACAUCAAUUUUAUAUUGCAUUACAGUUGUGUACUUAAUUAUUUUAAACAAAACUCUUUUAAAGAAUGAUUCGAUUUUAUUUCUGUAAAGAACUUUAUUUGUACUUGUUCAUAAGUGUUUUCUGAAACGUAAUGAUUAGAGGUUUAAAAACAAACUUCACUCUUUUAAAAUAAAUUUUUAGGAAAUUUUCUGAAGAUAAUUAUGUAAAUUUUGUUUCUCUGAAAAAGCUUAUUUGUGCUUGUUUAUAAGUGUUAACUGAAACAUAAUGAUUAGAGGUUUAAAAACAAACUUCAUUCUUUUAAAAUAAAUUUUUAGGAAAUUUUCUGAAGAUAAUUAUGUAAAUUUUAUUUCUCUGAAGAAGUUUAUUUGUACUUGCUUCUAAGUGUUUGAAACAUAAUGAUUAGAGGUUUAAAAACAUACUUCAUUCUUUUAAAAUAAAUUUUUAGGAAAUUUUCUGAAGAAAAUUGUAACAUCUUAAGAGGGAAAAAAGGAAAUUUAUGUUUCAUGUUUUAAUCAAAUUAAAACUUUUUAUUUUGCAUUUUAUGAUACUUUUACUAGGAUCUGAUGUGUUGAAUUUAACUGAACCCAUAAAUUUUCCAGCUCAUUCUUUUACCUUAUAAGACAAAUAAAUAAAUUUUCAUUUCGCAUCUUUAACUGUCUAAUAUUAUGUAUUACCAUGUUACCAAAUCUGCAUCUUUUCAUGCAUUUUGUAUUAAAUCUAUUUCUUGUUAACAAAAACAAAAGCAAAAAAACUAGCAUAUCAUCCAAAUACGUGAAAUAUAUUUACGCACAGAUUUAACCGGAUACAACGAUUGAUCCUUUCGAACAUAACUGCGAUAUGAAAUACUUAGCUAAAAACUGAAAUUCCAAUUUAUGUUAUUUUAAGGUAUUUUUAUGAAUAUUCAUUUUGUUUGCAUCUUUCUGAAUGGAAUAAACGAGUAAAAAUGAUUUAUAAUCCUAAAAACAUCAAAUGUAAAUAACAACUGAAAUGUAGCAUGCAAUUUAAGUAAUUUUCUAUCUUGGCUUUUAAGACUGGAUUUCAGUUACUUUGUUUUUCAAUCUUUUACAAAUUCUUUGGAUUUAUUUUACAGUGUAUAGAAUAGGACUAUUCCAUGAAAAAGUGUACAAUCAGCAAUUUUGAAAUAUACAAAGUUAAUUUUAGCACUCCUUUUCAGCACUAUCGCAUAUAUGUUUCAAUUUACUUUUGUUGAAUUAGUUUUUUUUUUCCUUGUACCGUUGGGAUUUUUCGUCUUGCAAAAUUUCAUCUUAUGAUUUUUGGGAGAAUUUCAAAUGAUGAAAUAAUACACAAUUGUCUUCAUGUAGCUGUUAAUUGAUUUGUAAAUUUGAACCAAUAAAAUUCAUAUGAUUUAUUCUGUGAA